CUCCUCCUCUCUCUUUCGCACUUUCUCUCGAUCGUGGCCAAAAAAUAAAAAAUUAAAAAAUAAUAAUAAAAAGAGGCGAAAAUUCGAGCUAGGGCGUUUUCCCGCAAUUCAAUCAACGAUGCAUUGUUUUUCUCGAUUCUUCGUCGUCGUCCUCCUCGUCGCUGCAUCGGCCUCCGCCUCGGAGUCCAAUCACAAGUAUCAAGUUGGUGAUCCUAUAACUCUCUGGGUAAAUAAAGUUGGCCCUUAUCACAAUCCUCAAGAAAUGUACAAUUAUUAUAAUCUUCCAUUCUGCAAACCAUCUGAGCAUCCCACACAUAAGUGGGGUGGACUUGGGGAGGUUUUGGGUGGUAAUGAGCUUAUUGACAGCCAGAUCGACAUAAAAUUUCAAAGAGAUGUUGACAAGGGCACCAUUUGUACCCUUGAACUUGAUAAUGCAAAGGUGAAGCAGUUUACAGAUGCAAUAGAUAACUCAUAUUGGUUUGAACUCUUCAUGGAUGAUUUGCCCUUAUGGGGUUAUGUGGGAGAAAAGGAUAAAAAUGAUGAAAACAAACAUUAUCUUUUCACACACAAGAAAAUUCUCGUACAGUAUAAUGGUAAUCAGAUUAUUCACGUCAAUCUUACUCAAGAAUCUCCAAAGCUCCUGGAAACUGGGAAACCAAUAGAAAUGACAUAUUCAGUCAAAUGGUCAGCAACAAAUGUUACAUUUGCACAUCGUUUUGAUGUUUACUUAGACUACCCUUUUUUCGAACACCAGAUUCAUUGGUUUUCCGUUUUCAAUUCUUUUAUGAUGGUUAUUUUCCUGACUGGCUUGGUAUCCAUGAUAUUGAUGCGAACUCUUCGAAAUGAUUAUGCAAAAUAUGCUCGUGAAGAUGACGAUCUGGAGUCUCUGGAAAGAGAUGUGAGUGAAGAAUCUGGAUGGAAACUUGUCCAUGGUGAUGUCUUCCGACCACCUCGCAACUUGGUUCUUCUUUGUUCUGUUGUUGGUACUGGUGCUCAGCUGGCACUGCUUACUCUCAUAGUGAUCCUUUUGGCAAUAUUUGGGACGUUAUACAUCGGGCGAGGAGCUAUUAUAACAACUUUCAUAGUGUGCUAUGCUCUUACUUCAUUCGUUUCAGGCUAUGUAAGUGGUGGUCUUUACUCGCGGCAUGGCGGCAAAAGCUGGAUAAAGUCGAUGAUCCUCUCAGCAUCUCUGUUCCCAUUUCUAUGCUUUGCAAUUGGUUUCAUACUCAACACAGUUGCUAUCUUCUAUGGGUCGCUCGCAGCUAUUCCUUUUGGGACAAUGGUGGUAGUGUUCAUACUUUGGGCUUUCAUCUCUUUUCCGCUCGCACUUCUAGGCACCGUUGUGGGCAGGAAUUGGAGUGGUGCUCCAAAUAACCCAUGCCGUGUGAAGACUAUUCCUCGUCCUAUCCCAGAGAAGAAAUGGUAUCUAACACCCUCUGUGGUCUCACUUAUGGGAGGCUUGCUUCCUUUUGGCAGCAUAUUCAUCGAGAUGUACUUUGUCUUCACUUCAUUUUGGAAUUACAAGGUGUACUACGUCUACGGUUUCAUGCUAUUGGUUUUCGUGAUCCUCAUAAUUGUCACCAUAUGUGUCACGAUUGUUGGCACAUAUUUCUUACUUAAUGCCGAGAACUACCAUUGGCAGUGGACCUCUUUCUUCUGUGCUGCAUCAACUUCCAUCUAUGUUUACCUCUACUCUAUCUAUUAUUACUUUGUCAAGACCAAGAUGUCUGGUUUCUUCCAGACUAGCUUCUAUUUUGGCUACACUCUGAUGUUCUGUCUAGGUUUAGGAAUGUUUUGUGGUGCUAUUGGUUAUCUCGGGGCCACCUUGUUCGUAAGAAGGAUUUACAGGAAUAUCAAAUGUGACUAAGAAAAGUGCAUCUUGCAGAAAGGAAUGGCGCUGGGGAUAGAGAGAUCAGCCUUUUGACAGUAUAUAUGAAGCCUAUUGAAAUUGGAUCGAGGGUAUUUACCUUUGCACUUCAGGUGCCAUAGCUUUCCAAUUUUUUGUAGGCUAGGUAAACAAGCCUUCUUAUUACAUUAUUUUAGUACAGAUGUUUGCUAUACUUGUAGUGUGUCUACUUAUUGUAGAAAAUCACAUUGAGCUCCAUUGUUUUAGCUUUUUUUCUUCUUCUCUUUUUUUUUUUGGAUCAAAUUGACGAGUUUUGCAGUUCUUGUCCCUCUAUGAAAUGGAUUGUUGACUGUACUGAGGACCCAAUAAUAUCUUAUCCAGUCUAUAUUUCUCAUUA